AUGGGCUGGGCUAACGGAUUGAUUCCGUCAAGGCAAUCAAGGCCGUGUACAUCAUGGACUCCAAGUCCUAGUAGUAGUCCUAUACAUAUUCUAACAAACCUAACUGGAAUUUUCCCGAACAAUCAAAGUUUCAACCUCCCAAUGUUGCAAUUUAUUUCAUUAUCAAGUAACAAAUUUACCGGUCGGUUUCCAUCAGGGCUUGCAUCAUGUCAAUACCUACAAGUACUUGAUUUUUCUGCAAAUUCUUUUGUGGAUGUUGUACCAACAUGGUUAGCCAAAUUGACACGCCUUGAAGUGCUUGAGUUGGGUUCUAAUCAGCUUAUUGGCUCAAUCCCAACUGGUCUAAGCAAUCUCACCAGUCUUUCUACAAUAGACAUGCCCUACAACAACCUCACAGGGGAGAUUCCGCCCGAAUUAGGUCUUAUACAGGAACUCUCACGUUUGCAUCUUGGAACCAAUCAGUUGACAGCUUUUGGCGCCAUUGCCAUUUGCAUAUACCUAUUGUUCGGAAAGAAACCUAAGGGGGGAGAGGACAAACAUUUUGUCAAUGCAAAUGAUGUCAUAGGCCAUCAGAUAGUCUCCUAUCAUGAGCUCAUUCGUGCGACCAAUAGUUUCAGUGAAGAUAACAUCUUGGGAUGCGGAAGCUUUGGAAAAGUAUUCAAAGGCCAACUAAGCACUGGUUUGGUAGUCGCUAUAAAAGUUAUCGACGUGCAGCUAGAGCAGGCCAUUCGAAGUUUUGAUGCCGAGUGUCAAGUGCUUCGUAUGGUGCGACACCGCAACCUCAUAAAGAUACUCAACACAUGUUCCAAUCUUGAUUUCAAAGCGCUAGUGCUUCAGUACAUGCCAAAUGGCAGCUUGGAGAUGCUCCUACAUCAGACCAAGAGUACAGUGCGCUUGGGAUUCCUUGAGAGAUUAUGCAUCAUGCUAGACGUGUCGAUGGCAAUGGAUUAUCUACACCAUGAGUACUACAAUUUGAUCUUGCACUGUGACUUGAAGCCUAGCAACGUGUUGUUCGAUGAGGAGAUGACGACGCAUGUGGCGGACUUUGGCAUUGCAAGGUUGAUUCUAGAUGACAAUAGCAUGACAUGUGUGAGCAUGCCUGGAACAGUUGGGUACAUGGCACCUGAGUACGGAUCUCUUGGAAAAGCAUCGCGAAAGAGCGAUAUGUUUAGUUAUGGAAUCAUGCUCCUUGAAGUCUUCACCGGAAGGAGACCCACCGAUGCUAUGUUUGGCGCACAACUAACUCUUAGGCAGUGGGAUGGUGGUUUUCUUGCGUCGGUCUUCGAGUUGGGAUUGAUCUGCUCUAGUGACUUGCCUGACCAGAGGAUGACGAUGCAUGAUGUGGUAGUGAUGCUGAAGAAGAUCAAAGUCGAGUACACCAAACUGAUAGCUACUACUAUGCCACGUAGUGCAACACAAUGA